AAAAAAAAACAACAGAAAAAAACCCAUCGGAGCAUCUUGUGCAGCAGCAUCAUCAAACCUAGCUAACCCUGACACUAAAUAUGCCGAAAUUUGAGGUGCAAUUCACUGAACUAAUUCAGGGCUGGACCAUGUGGUGAUGAGCGGUAUGCCAUGCAGAGGAGACACAGCAGCAACACGGAUGGCAUGCCCUCAGAAAGGAGCCGAAGCCAAACCCUUGGAUCGGAGAGCAGCCUGGACGAGGGUGGUGUGUUUGACUGCCUGAAGCCCGACUCCCCCGCCUCACCCCAGCAGAUCUUCUCCGGCCUGGUGGGCGUCCCCUCCAGCUCUGUCUCCUCUGCCCAGUUCCAGGCAGCCGGUUUAGUCCUGGGCUCUCCCCCGGAAGUUUUCAUCCAGAUGACGGCGUCGUCCAGAGAAGAAGGAGGCCCCCACCGCACGGACGGUGGAGCUUUCCACCCUCGGCCUCCCCCCCACCACCAUCACCACCACCACCACUUCCACCACCAGCCCCUGCAGCACAGGACCUCCUCUCUGCUGCAGCAGGCCACCACGGCAGCCGGCUCGGAGAGGCACAGCUCCAGGGAGGAGGCGCAGGAGGACCCGUCCACCCCGGCCCCGGCGCUGUCGGAGCUGAAGGCGGUGGUCACGUGGCUGCAGAGAGGCUUCCCCUUCAUCCUCAUUCUGCUGGCUAAAGUCUGCUUCCAGCAUAAGCUAGGUAUUGCUGUGUGUGUGGGCAUGGCCAGCACAUUCGCCUAUGCUAAUUCCACGUUUAGGCACCAAGUGUCAUUACGGGCGGAACGCUCUGUAUUUGUUGCUCUGUGGAUCGUCCUGUUCCUUGCAGGGAACAUUGUGUAUAUCUUCUACACAUUUAGUCACGAGGAGCUGCACAACAGCCUGAUAUUUGCCAGGCCCAACCUGAACAGCUUCGACUUCUUCGAUCUGAUCUGGGCCGUGGGGAUCACUGAUUUUGUCCUCAAGUACUUCACCAUCGGCCUGAAAUGCUUCGUCCUCUUUUUGCCCAAGAUUCUCCUGGCCUUCAAAUCCAGGGGUAAGUUCUACCUGCUGAUCGAGGAGCUGAGCCAGCUGUUUCGGGCCCUGGUGCCCAUCCAGCUGUGGUACAAGUACAUCAUGGGAGAGGACCCGUCCAGCAGCUACUUCCUGGGAGCCACACUCAUCAUCAUCUACAGCCUCUGCAAGUCUUUCGACAUCUGUGGACGUGUGUCUGCCAUACGCAAGGCCUUCGUCAUGCUCUGCAGCUCCCAGAAUUAUGGCGUGAGGGCGGGCAGUCAGCAGUGCAGCGAGGCGGGAGACGUCUGUGCUAUUUGUCAGGCUGAUUUCAGAGACCCAGUAGCUCUUCUCUGUCAGCACGUGUUCUGCGAGGAGUGCCUGUGCUUGUGGUUCGACCGGGAGAGGACGUGUCCGCUGUGCCGCUCCACCGUCGUGGAGACGCUGCGGUGCUGGAAGGACGGCACCACCUCGGCUCACUUCCAGAUCUACUGACAGCACGAGACCAACGCCUGCAGACGUGUGAUUGUGCUGUAAUGCGAGUUAGACAAUGGUGUGUCAUCUUUUGCUGUUUAUCUUUGUGCGGUUGCUCUUUAACCCUUCAUCGGGCGAAGAACUAUAUUUGGUAACUUCAGUGGAUAUCUAAACUGGGUCCCCAUGUCUCUCUGUUUGGUCGUAGAACCACAUGGUUUCUUCCAGCUGAUCAGCAAAGAUCAGGCUACCAAUCAUAUGAUAAUAAUGUAAUAAUAUUUUUUAUUACUUUACUUUAUUGGCGUUGACCUCCAAUGUAAAAAUGAAACAUUUAGGAAAAAAAUCUGCAAGAAACAGUCGUACAAACAGAGUUAUUCUUCAGUGACUUGUACCAGGAGAACUUGACUAUGACGGCAUAUUAAGUAUGAAUAAAAAUA